GAGCAACAGGAACAAUUUCUCUAUCUCAUAUUCUUGGCAUUGCGUAUGUACAAACCAUCCUUUUGGAAGCCGAUAUCAACCAACACGGGAAGUACGGGAUUAUCUGCGAAGCAAUAAUAAUGGCAUACGCAUCCUUCGCAAAGUGGUACGUCGCAAGGCUCAAGGCGCAGCCACUCCUUGUGAACGUUAGCUCGGGGUUUCUCUUGUUGUCCACCGGUGAUGUCCUUGCGCAGCGAGUCGAGGUCCGGGCAAAGGAAUCAAAACAGAAACAAAUAGAGGAAGGAACCGCGGUCGCCAGCGAAUCAUCACUGACGUCUACGUCCAUCCUGGGGGUGUCCAUGUUUUUGCAGGCAACCGAUGCCGCCUACCGAGCCGUCCAGGACGAAAUCGCCUCCUUUGGAUGGGACAAGUCCCGGACCGCCAAGAUGGCGGCGUGGUCGAUAUUAUUCACACCAUUUUACGUCGGUAUUUUCAAGAUGUACGACCGAUACCUGCCCAAGAAAAACUUGCCGAGCAUCGCGGCUCGCGUGGGGUGUUCCUUUUUGUCUAGCAUCCCCAUCAACUUUGCCUUCUACAGCUACGGAACCGCUGUCGAGCACACGGUGGAAUGGUACGAGAAGCGGCAGCAGCAACAAGCGCUGCAGUUUGCAAGGCUACACCAAGAACCUCCCAGUGACGAAUAUUCCGUCCAAACUAUGGAGGUAGAUGUGCCCUUCAGGUUCGAUCGAUUGGUGGAAAAGACCCAGCUAAAACUUGAGGCGGAAUUCGUCACCACCAUUGUGACGUCGGCAAAAUUCUGGAUCCCACUAAACUUUUUGUCAUUUUCGGUCAUACCCGCCCACAUACAGCCCUUAAACCUUAUGUUCUUUUCCGUCUUUUGGAACUGCUACCUGAGUAUGUCGCAGCACCGUGAAGUGGUAAUCGAAGGCGAAAAGCGAACAGAGAAACACGAAAUAGAUGUUGCAUGAGCAUAAUCCUGCUGCACACCGGAAUGCAGGUCACCAUGAAUCCAAAAGAAAGCGCACGAAGGAAAUGCCUUUCUGGCAGAGCCGUGCGCAUAUGUUUAGAUACAGGUUUCGUCACGGGAUCCCACAACACCAUGUCGGAGAAAUUAUUGAAGAAGGUUCGCACCAAGAAAUACUGGUUUCUGGAAACGAAUUCAAGACAUUCUGCAGCAUCCACGAUGAAAAUACUUCGCUUCCAGAAAUGAGCGAUAAUUCAUUUCAUCGCUCCCAUGAACGAAUGGGCCAUGAAUUGUUGGCCAGUCCUCCACUCAGGAGCCGCAUUAUUCUUUUUGAUCAUUUUUGAGCAUUUAGAUGCCAAUCUAUCACGAAAGCAAUCCCUUUCCAACAAAAUUAGAGUUGGAUGGUUACAAAUGUUGAAGACUCGUAAUAGAUCAAUAAACUAUAC